CGUGUAACGGCGUCGCAUGGAGAACUGCGACCGGAGCGCCGGCCGUGCGCGGGGCCGCGGUGACGCCGUGUGUCGUGUGCGCAGGUGGAAGCGCUGUACCCCCGGCCCGGAUGGGUGGAACUGGAUCCCGAAGUUCUGUGGAGUCAGUUUGUCGGUGUCGUAAAAGAGGCUGUGCAAGCUGCUGGACUUCACAUGAGGCAAGUUGCUGCUCUUGGCAUCUCAACACAAAGAUCCACUUUCAUCACAUGGCACAAGAGGACGGGGAAACCUUUUCAUAAUUUCAUAAGCUGGCAAGAUGUAAGGAGUGCUGAGCUUGUGAAUUCCUGGAAUAGAUCCCUUCUGCUGAAGGUAAUCCAUGUUAUUUUUACAGUGCUUCAUUUCUUUACUGGAAAUGAUCGAUAUUUGGCUCCGAGCUUUCUUACCUUUUCAACACAACAGACUUCUAUGAAGUUGUCGUGGGUUUUUAAAAACAUACCUGAGGCUGAUGAAGCUGCCAAAAAGAAUAACUGCUGCUUUGGAACAGUGGACACAUGGUUACUGUACAGACUGACUAAAGGUUCUGUAUUUGCUACAGAUUACUCAAAUGCCAGUUCUACAGGCGUUUUUGAACCCUUCACGAAAUGCUGGAACCCCACUUUGUGUAAUUUGCUUUCCAUUCCAAUGUCUAUUUAUCCUCCAGUGAAAGACACAAGCUUCAAUUUUGGAUCAGCUGACUCCGAAAUAUUUGGGGUACCUAUUCCAAUAAUGGCAUUGGUAGCUGACCAGCAGUCAGCAAUGUUUGGAGAAUGCUGCUUUCAGCCAGGAGAUGUUAAACUGACAAUGGGUACAGGUGGUUUCUGGAAUGUUAAUACAGGAGGGAAUCUGUGUGCAUCACACAGGGGUCUGUAUCCACUGAUUGGUUGGAAGAUUGGGGAAGAAGUUGUUUACUUGACUGAAGGCUCUAUGUCAAACAUUGGCACUACCAUAAAGUGGGCUCAGGAUAUAAAUCUUUUCACCAAUGUAGAUGAAACAGCAAAAAUGGCACGGAGUAUUGUUGAUUCUCAAGGCGUUUGUUUUGUUCCAGGUUUUCAGGUAAAAUUAUAGUUUAUUAAUAUAGUUAAGAAUAUGUUGUUAAUAGCUCAGUUAAAAUUACAACUUCUGUCUCGUUUCAAUGUAGUAAUUUACAUCUUAACACCAUAUUUAAUCUCUAAUAUUCAUGUUUUUAUUUUCUGUUCCUCACCACAUCAUGUGAGGAUGUUUGUGGUAAGAAUCCUUAAGUAGAGCUUUCCCUUGCAAGAGAAAAAGCCUAUGAAGUAGGAAUUUACUUCCAUUGUGCAGAUGGUGCAGACCUGACAGAUAAACUGUGUGACUUGUCCAGAGUAGAACAGACAGCGUCUACAGACAGAGAAACUGAACCCAUAUCUUUUCUGUCUUCAUUGAGAUAGCACUUCCAAGUACUGUGCUAAAAUAAUUCCUUUUAUCCUGCCUCUUUUCAAUAUGUAGUUUGUAAUUCAUCAGAGUAUCUAGACAUGUACCUUAAAUAUGAGUAAGUUUGGAGGUCCUGACACUGUGAAAGGCAAAGGUAACAAUGGACAGACAUUUCUUGGUUACACAGAUUUUAACCUGUUAGUUUUUUCCCACUAAAGUAAGGUUUGUGCUUUGUUUGAUAUUGUUAGUGCAUAUAUUAAGGAUAGAGCACAGUGCAUAUAUUAAGGAUUUCCUGAUAUUUGUUUUGCGUUUUAGUCCCCUCCAUCUUCCGAUAGGUUUCUUAUAUUUUCCUCUUUAUUUGAGGAGCUCCCUGCAAUCACUUGGUCCCUUCUAAAUUACAGGCUGUGGAUUGUUUCUUCUUGCUUUCCAGUUAUGCUAAAUACCGUAUAUCCAUCCUCUUGUCUGCCUUUUCCUGCUUCAUGAUCCCCUUUGCAUUUCACAUGUGGAGGUGAGAUACUGUUCCUCUGCAGAGGCAGCAAGAAGGGUGAUGGUUUCUUGCAGUUCACUGUAGCAUAUUAGGCUGGUUUGGGAUUGAUAGGAAUUGCAGUUAAUUACAUUAGAUGACAAAUGGUGAUAGCUGGGGAGCUGACACACUGCCUCUUCAGCUGCAGAACAGUUGCUUCCAGUAUGGGCUUGACAAUUGGUAAUAAUAAUUUGUAAUUUGUCACCGCAGAGUGACAGAGCUGCAAGUCAGAGCUCCUAGACAGACUUUCAUACAGAAUGAGAAUGAGCAGGUGUUGCUAAUGUAGUUGUUGCUGACCUACAGGCUGCAGAGACCCCCAGCCUUUUUUGUCAGGUUAUGCCACUUACCUGAGCAGCAUGAGAUAUUGUGACUGAAAGCAUGCUUUCUGCAGCAUAGCUGUUUCUAUGCUGUGGGUUUGUCACCAUGAAAGUAGCCGUUUUUCUCCACAAAAAUUAUUUGUUUUCUAGUCAGCAUUGCUGUUCAGGAGAAACUUCAUGGUAUAGAAUUGCUCUCUAAGUUGUCGUUUGGAAUAUUAACUUUAUAAACUUUACAGUGGAUAUGUUGAAAGGAAAUCCUUCAAAAAUCACCAGAUUAUUAUUAUUUUUUUCCCUCUUAGAAGUCUUUGUAAUUCACUGGUUUGAAUAUGUACAUCUUGGAAUUAUGUGGAAUGUUUUUGACAGCUUGUCUUUCUGUGUGGGUGUAAAAGCUUGGGUUUUGAUUUUUCACUGGCUUACAAUACUCAAUUUGAUCAUUCCCAAGGUUAGUGUCUUAGAAAUAAUUACUUUCACCUACAGCUAGACCAGCAACCUUCUGUCAAACAACUGCCAUAUAUUUUUAGCAUUGUAAAGCUUGGUUAAGCUAAGAUGCUUCCAUUUAGCAUUUAUUGUGAGAAACUGUGCUCUGAAUAAGCAAGUACUGAGCCAUGACAAAUUGCAGUGUUUGCAGAAAGGAUUCCCAAUGCAGACAAAUAUUAGUCUGAAUCUUACGUUUGACCCUUUAAUUUUUGUAAUAUUUAAGUUCUAGAGAUGUUGGUUUGUGUUCUUUCGCAUGUGCUGGUUUUUCCCUGCCUUGCUGCUUAGGCACUGUCUCCAGAAUGAACCUCAGCUAGCUUCUUGGUAAACACCAAGAAGGUUCUGUUGUCUUUAUUCCUAAUUUGAAUAUUCCCAGUCCAAAUUUAGGAAUGAUACUUCCAAAAAGAAAAAAAGAAGAGGAAGAAAGGAAAGGAUGUCUGGAUUUGUUUAUUUUUUGACACCUCGUAACUGCAAGUAGCAUUCUAGUAGACCAGCUGGGAGAGAUUCUGUGUUAGUUUAGAACUGGACUGGGUCAAAUGGUCUGAAAAGGGACAUGAACAGAGUUGAAUUCAUCUGCUUGCUGCUUAGCGUCACUGGCUGGAUGCUGACACAAAUGGUCAUAUGGUAGUGUUUCUUAGACUUCACAAUGAUGGCAGUUAGGAGGGUUUUCAUGAAGCCUGUAUGUUCAUUUCCUACACAGUGUAAAAUGGUUCUCUACUGAUCCAUAUGAAAGCAGUAGGAACAAAUUCACUUCUUACUGGGUUGUACUGCUGUGAUGCAGCACACUGAAAGGACAUCAUUGUGAAAGAAACUGAGUGAAUAUGUGCAUUAAUCAUUCUUGCUUUUAUUCUAUCAGAAAUGGGAGUUUGCUAUGGUUGCUAGUAACAGCAAAAACAGAGCUAUUCAUUGGUCUGUAUGAAUGUAUAUGUACAACUAUCACUUCAUGGCUCUUUGGUUUGUUAUUUUUUUUGUUCUAAAAUGAGUAGUAAUUUAACUGACUGAUUCUGUCAAGACACCCAUACACAGAGCUUGAAGGCACACUUUUGGCUUUGUUUGAUAUGACUAUCUGUGAACAGUGAAUCUUCAUUAUGUUUCUGGGUGGGCAGAUGGUUCCCUUCUUAGAAUGGAAAGGGCACUUAUGUAUGUGGGAAAGGAAAAGAGUAUUUUCUUUGACUUCAAAUGUAGAAGUUUUCUGCUUAGGAACCCAGGUUUUUUGGUAGUUGCUGGUCAUGAUAUACUAUUUAAGUAGUAGUUCAGUAUUUUCCAUUCUUGUGCUGUUGCAUAUAUAGCUACCCACGUAUAGUUUUUCUCAUAUGCUAGCAUUUUCUUCAUUUACUUUGUAAGUGUGUCCAUGCCUUUUAUAAGCAUGAAAUUUGAGCUUUCAUUAUGUUUUGUCAUAACUAAUACAUAACACAGUGCAACUAGAAAGAAUUGUUUCAAAUUGAAAACUGCUGUCUGUGGUAAAAAUAGGACUUAACAUUAUCACAAACCAGAUAGGACCAGCAAACUAAUUCCUUGUGAUAAAGUUUGUCAAAGGAAUGGAGGAGUGGAGUGGAGGUUUAUCCAUCUGUCCUCCAGUACAAAAAAGACAACUUAGAGAGCAUUAGAAUUUUGGUUGGAAACUGUUAAUCAGUGUCAGUGAAAACAGACUGCUGUGUAAGUUAAUAAAAAUGAUUACCGUCCUUGUCAGUGUUCCUUCUAAGAGCCCAACUUUUAGAACACUUCUAAAACUGUAAUGUCUGCUUGACUCCACUGAGUAGAAGCUGACAUAAAUGGACUUGUAAUUCCAUUUUUUCAGAGGUUUAGAAAAGGGAGUUAA